UCCACGUUAACUUUCAGGAGGUGAAGCUCACGACUUACCUCCAACGCAUCCCAAAGCUCCCCGCACUACCACGAAGCGCCCUUCGAGUCAGUAGUCGUGGUUGUUGUUUACUGCUGUCAAAAUGGUUGUCCUCGCUGCCUCCAUCUGCACCCGCGGCGGCAAGGCCGUCUUAGCCCGCGCCUUCAACGACAUCAAGCGCUCCCGCAUCGAAGCUCUCCUCGCCUCGUUCCCCAAGGCCGCCGACUCGGGCACCCAGCACACCAUUGUCGAGCAAGACAAUGUCCGAUUCGUCUACCAGCCCCUGGACGAGCUGUACAUGGUCCUCAUCACCAACAAGCAGUCCAACAUCCUCCAGGACAUCGACUCGCUCCACCUUUUUGCCCAGGUUGUCACCACCACCUGCAAGAGCCUUGACGAGCGCGAAAUCCUCCGAAAUGCCUACGAACUGCUCAGCGCCUUCGAUGAGUUGGUGACCCUCGGUUACCGGGAGAACCUCACCAUCAGCCAGAUCAAGACCUUCCUCGAGAUGGAAAGCCACGAGGAGCGCAUUCAGGAAAUCAUUGCCCGCAACAAGGAGCUGGAGGCUACCGAAGAGCGCAAGAGGAAAGCCAAGCAGUUGGAGAUGCAGCGCAAGGAGUCGGCCAGAACUGGUCGGUCCGCAGUACCCCGGACGCCGGUAUAUCCCACAUACACCCCGCCGGUGCGACCUGCUGUCACCGAGUCCUAUGACACGUAUGAAGCCGAGAAGAACAAGGCCAAGUUCAAUGCGCCAAAGGGCAAAGGUAUGCAGUUGGGCAAGAAGUCCAAGAAUACGGAUAUUUUCGAGCGCGUGAAGGGGGAUCUUGGACACGAGGCCGAGGAAGCGCCCCUUGUCCCGGUAGCCGCGCCGGCAGCUGCCGCAGAGCCUGCUGCUUCCAGAGUCUCUUCGACACUCGACAGGGAUGCUAUUCACGUCCUUAUCAACGAGGCAAUCAGUGCCAAGCUGUCGAGGGAUGGUGCCCUCGAAUCCCUCUCGGUCAGCGGUGACCUCCAGCUUCGCGUCUCCGACCCAUCGCUUUCAAGGAUCAAGCUCAACCUCAGCGCCACACCCACCCACGGCGCUCAGUUCCGCACUCACCCGAACGUCGAUAAGAAUGUCUUCAAUAGCUCCCAGGCUAUCCAGUUGUCUCAAAUCACAAAGGGUUUCCCCCUUAACAACUCUGUCGGAGUUCUAAGGUGGCGGGCCAGUCCCAGAGUCGACGACACCAGCGCACUGCCAAUCAGCUUCACCGUUUGGGUCAACAAGGGCUCAGAUGGCAACAGCACAUUGACGGUUGAGUACGAGCUCACUGGCGGAGAUACCCUCAAGGACGUUACUGUCGUCAUCCCCUACUCGAGCGCAGAGCCUCAGGUGUCUAGCUUCGACGCUGUGUAUGAGGUGUCUGGUGACAGUCUAGAGUGGUCGAUAGGCACCGUAAGCGAGGAGAACGCCAGCGGAUCAUUUGAGUUUGAGGCGCAGACGGAUGACGAGAACGAGUUCUUCCCGAUGCAAGUACGGUUCUCCAAGUCGUCGCCGUUCGUGGAGGUUGAUGUUCAAUCUGUUGAGCUGGUGGAUGAAGGUGAAGAGGUUUCGUUCUCCAAGGACAUCAGAUCGGUGGCCGACAAGUUCCUCAUUGAGUAGGGUUUGUUGUUGUUUUGAGCAGAACCAAAAAGGGGCGACCGUAGUAUGCCGGCCAGGCGUCUCGAUCAUCAUCUUCCGCACCAGAAUUAGAGUAAUGUAUGGGAAGCAACCGAGUUGUCCAACUCCCUUUAUAAUGAAUACUGUUGACAUGGUCAGCGCCAGUGGGUGCUAGAGCUGUCAUUCUUUUUCUUCCGUUGAUAUCCAAGGUCAUACUUGACUUUUUGAACAAAAGGUUCUUGACG